AAAAGCUGCCAGACUAGGAAAAUUUCAACAGUAGAAUCUGCAGCACAGACUCACACCAGCCGAGAUGCCAGUGUGCAGACGGAGCAAAGUAAAGAUGCUCUCCAUGACUUCCAGCAAGAAGUCCAAGUAGAUUACACUGGCCUUCUGUCAUUCCUUCAGAAAGUGGAGGACGCUGUUGUCAAAGAGCUAAAUAAAAACUGGGAAAGCCGUGCCUUUGAUGGCUUUGAAGUGAACUGGACAGACCAGAAUGAAACAGUGUUGUGUUUGCAUACGUUGUCAUACCCAGAGGCUCAGGAUCAAAACUUGCAGGUUACCAGCGUCUCAUGGAAUGCAACUGGAUCCGUUGUUGCAUGUUCAUAUGGCCGGUUGGACGGGGGGGACUGGAGCACAGAAAAAUCCUACGUUUGUACCUGGAACCUGGACAGAAGAGGGUUGAACCCAAAGCACCCUGACCUGGUGGUGGAUGUUCCCAGUUCUGUGAUGUGCCUGGCUUUCCACCCCUCCCAGCCUUCGCUGAUAGCCGGCGGCCUCUUCAGCGGGGAGCUGGUGGUGUGGGACACCAGCAGAGCAGAGGACCCGGUGAUCUGGAGGACAGGGAUGACAGAUGACACACACACUGAUCCAGUCUAUCAGGUGAACUGGUUGCCUGAUGCCAAGCACAGAAACCAGCCCCGGCUGCUGAGCGUGUCAACAGACGGGAAGAUCUUGGUGUGGAGGGAGGAGCGAGAUGGGCGGCUGGUCCUGGCUGAAGGCUUCGCCGUGGUGGCACAGCAGAUCCCUCGCAGCUCUUGGCUGAAGAAGGUCGCCUAUGGAGAGGCAGCAGUCGGUGUGACCUCGCUGUCUUUCUCACACUUCGAUCCCCGGGUGUUCGUGGUGGGUGUGGAAGGUGGUUACUCCCUGAAGUGCUGCACGACUGCAGUGACACCGGCCCUGCACCGAACGGGCAGUUCUGUGCCGCUGCGGGCGCCGGCAGAACUCGCCUUCUCCCCGCACGGUGGCCCCGUGUACUCUGUGAGCUGCUCCCCCUUCCACAGGAACCUCUUUCUGAGCUGUGGGACUGAUGGACAGGUUCACCUGCACUCCAUGUUGCAGACACAACCCCUCGUUUCUCUUCAGUUAUCAAAGAAAUACCUGUUCUGCGUACGCUGGUCUCCAGUCCGACCACUCGUCUUCGCGGCUGCAUCGGGUGAAGGAGAGGUGCAUCUCUUCGACUUCGAGAGGAGCUCACAGAAGCCGGCUGUAUCCAUGAAGCAAGCUACAGAUGAACACCCCGUGUACUGUUUGGAAUUUAACAUGAAGCAAACUCAUCUCCUGGCCGCAGGGGACGCCACCGGAGCCGUCAAAGUCUGGCAGCUCAGUUCAGACUUCACUGAGCAGCGGCCCAGGGAAGUGACACAUCUGGAGCAGCUGGCGAGUGAGAGCACAGACUGA